CAGGAAUCGACACUUCUCGCUCUGUCUCUCCUCCUCACGAAAUCUCAUCCUCGUCUACGAACCUUUCUUACGCAUCCAUACCUCCACUACUAACCUACGAUGCGUUUUACUCUUGCUGUUGUGUUCGCUGGUGUUGCAGCCGUCGCCAAUGCACACUUCCAACUGGCGUACCCCCCUCCUCGAGGUGUAUUCGAUGAGGAUAAUGAGGUCAACUUCUGCGACUCGUAUACCAAUGCAGUCGAUAAUCGUACAACCUUCCCGCUCAGCAACGGCUUUUUCACCUUUAACAGCGAGCACCCCUCAUGGACUCUUGGUGUUUUGAUUUCGACCGUGCAGAACCCUGUAUCAUUCGAUAACUUCACCGCGAACGACACCAGCAGCGGUGCGGACCAAUUUGCACGGAACUUCGCGUCUGGUACUGGCGAGGGUACUUUCUGUAUUCCUCUCGACCUUUCCAGCAUUGGGGUCUCGGGCGUGCAAGACGGCGCAAAUGUGACGAUCCAAAUCGUGUUCGAUGGAGGUGACGGGAACCUCUUCCAGUGCGCCGACUUGACCCUCGAGAGCAACUCUACCACACCAUCGAGCGUAACUUGCUCAAACGCGACUUCCUCAAGCUCUGACGACAACUCCACAUCAUCAUCAUCAUCGGCCUCCAGUCUGAGGAUCGGGUCUACGACGUUUGCUUCAUCAUGGGCUGCAUAUGCCGGUGCGUUAGGCGCCGUGGCGGGGCUUGCUAUGUCGGUGCUAUAAACAUUCUUAUUCGCUCUUUCGGGUUUUGUGGGCGGAUGGUCUGCUAUGAUGGCGUAUUAUAUGACUUAUCAAAAUGAAACGUAUCCUUGACGAUUUUCCAGUGACAUCGGUCUCCACUACAACCUUGAAAGUGUGGAUGGUGUCUCCAGCGCGCUGACUCGACAGGAUACGUUGUGGCCACUUCUGUUCCAUAUUGUAGCGACACUGGGACAUGCGUGUCCCUCGUCUAUGAGUACAUGCGUUUCUACUAGGGGUUCGGUCAAUUUUUUUGUCGGAUGUUACGGGUCCCUCGGUACGAUACAAAUAUUUUCUAUCAAUAUGCAUAUGCAAGUCCGC